AUGGCUCCAUCACCUCCACCACCGAGCUUGCCCGAGGAAAGUGGGCUGGCUCCUGGAUUGGGAGUUCAAAGUGUGACAAUGGACCAGGAGUCUGAUGCGAAUUUCUUCAAAGUAAUAUCUGAGAAUUUAAAAUACGCUUUUCAUAGUCCAUUGCCUAAUACACAGUUUCCUACUCCGUACUCUUCCAAUCAAUUGCAAAUGUCUCAGAAUGCAAACCAGGGAAUACAGCAGACUGGUGGUGAACACUCUUCAUCGUUGAUCGAGAACAGCAUGUUGCCCGGGAUGUCCGGUGCGGGGAAUUUGCCAUCUGGUGAACCUUUGAACGAUUUUAAUAUGCAACCUUCUUCGGUAUUACAGAAUGGUAAUACGUUCCCCAAUGAGUUUCUAUUGGCUUCGCCUGAACAGUUCAAAGAAUUUCUCUUAGAAUCCCCAGCGGGUUUUAGUUUCUUGCACAAAACACCUGCGAAGACUCCACUACGGUUCGUUAGUGGGAAGACAGAUGAGAAUAAUGGUAACUUAUUUGGAAAUCCAAGGGUCAGUUCACAGACCCCUUUGCGAAGUAUUGAUUUGAAUCUCAUGUUCAACUCGAACCAGAUGGCAGCGGCUUCCUCGUCGCCUUCAAAGCGCGUAGCAUUAUCGCUAACACCUUAUGGAAGAAAGGUGCUUAACGAUAUCCGGACGCCUUAUUCCAAGAAUUUAGCAUCUUCCAAUAGUGCCCUAGCAGAUUUCCAGAGGGCUAGAAAAGAUUUCAAUAAAAUGCAUAGUUCUCCUCCCACUGCAAAAAAAAUGAUGAAAACACCACAAUCUAAGUUACAGGUCAGGGCAGGUACGGGGUCGUGCUCUGGCACAACAAAGCUCUCUAAGGAAAAUUUGCAUCUGUAUAGUGGCAUACAAGGUACUGAAAACGGUGAUCUUUGUGGUUCAUCUCCAACAACCAUUCAAUUAAACUCCUCUAUAACCAAAUCCACAACGCGAUUAAAUGCUUCUACAAUACCCGUUUUGACAAGAGAAAUAUCCGAGUCUAAUGUGGACGAACGAUUAUUUAAAGAAGACGUCGAAAGCUUACAGUUAUCUCCGACGCCGAAAUGCAACACACUGUCCUCAAUUGAUACACUGCGGAUUCCUGAAUUACCCAAGAUGGGUUCUUUCAAGAGCGAGACCCCUUCGAUGCCACUCAAAAAUACAACCACCAAGAAGAGCAAGACAUCAAAUUCUACAUCAUAUACAAAUAGGACUGGGAAAGUGAAAAAAUCCACUAAAAAACAACCAAAAUUUCAAAUCAUAGUAGCAAACGCCCAAAAAUUUAACGUACCGACAAGUCAAAAGAAUUCAAAGAAAGUAACCAGUCUCAAGCGAUCACAAUCUCUAUUAGCUGAGGCUCCAACAACCUGGACUGGGAACAGCAGCACUGCUUCCAGUACAAGAACAACGGAAAAUGAUACAAGAAGGGGCAAACGGUCGAAUUCUCUCGCAGAGAAGAGAUGA